ACGGCAAGUAACUCAGUACGCCUCGUAACGUCGUUGACGAAACAGUUUGUUAUUUUAAUGUAGAAUAGCACCUCAGUAGCUUACCGGUAGUUCCAACAAUACCAUCAAUAUUAUUCACGUGGCAUUUUUAAUUUAUAUUUAUAUUUAUUUCUACAAUUUUUACAAUAGAAAAAUUAGUAAAAUAAUAAAUUUAUGCCUUUUUAUAAAUAAAUAAAUAAACUAGUUAAUAUUUUUUAAAUUACAAAAUAAUACGUCCGUUAAAAUCAACAACGAGUUCAAUAAUUGACUGAUAAAUUAUUUUUAAUAAUGUUAUGUAUAUACUUUUUUUUUAAUAAUUAAAAAUAAAUAAAUAUAUUUUCAUAAAUACGACCAAAUUAUUUGGACAUGAUAUUAUAAAUAUUAGCUAUUUUUUAUUCUAACAAAUGUUGAUAAGAAAUUAAGUGUAACUGUUUCGAGUGGUUGAGAUAACGAUAAGAAAAGUCGCUAAUCAUGGGAUGCAACACGAGCAAGGAAAGUGUGCAGCCAGCAGAAGACGAAGCAAAGGAGGACAUGAAAAAUAGUGAUAUACCAAAAAGUGCUGAUAGUAACGCUGUUAAAACAGAAAGCAACGAGCUUUCAGAAGAAAAAGAAAAUAAUAAAAUAGAAGAAAAAGAAGAAGAAAAUAUUACAGAAAAAGAAUCUGAAGAACCAAGUGAUAAGGAAGUUGAAGCAGCAACUAGAAUACAAGCUGUAUUUCGUGGUCAUCACGCAAGAAAAAGUAUGAAAGAUACGGGAGCAUCUUCAAAAGGGACCAAUACAGAGGAGGAACGUGAACCCACUAGGGAAGAAUUGCAAGAAGAAUUUAGAGCGGACGACGUUGAACUUUGUAACGCAGCGACUAAGAUCCAGGCAUCUUUCCGAGGCCAUAUGUCGAGAAAAGAACAAGGUGGAGCAUCGGUAGUAAAAGGUGUUGAUGAUGCAAUUGAUACUAUCGAGGAAAAGGUUGAUGAUGCAGUCAAUGAGCUAGAAGGAAUUGAUCUGACUGAUCCAGAUUUGCACAAAGCCGCAACAAAAAUUCAGGCCAGUUUCCGGGGUCACAAAGUACGCCAAGAAGUUGUUCCUGAGGUCAAAAAGUAAAAACUUUAAAAAUACAAAGUAGAUAAAAUAAAGAAAAAAAAAAAAAGAUGUGAGAAAAAGUAGUUAUUCUACUCAACAGCACUAUAGACACGAAGGGACUUGAAUAUUUUUUUCAUCAAUCUAUCUUAUUAUUUUUUUUAUUUUUCAAAUUCAAUAUUUGAGUUAUUCGCUCAAGCAAAUUGUAUUUUUGAAAUUAAUUUUCAUUAAAUGCACAUUAAUAUAAAUUUGAUUUAUUAUUAUGUUUAUGGAGAAUAAUUUUUGUCUGAAAAAAAAAAUGAAACAAACUAAUUUAUCACUCGUGAUAUUUAAUUGAAUUUUUAUUAGUUAAGAACACCGAAAAUUAACAACUGUUUUACGUUAAAAAAUAAUUAAAGCCUGAAAAUAAAAAUAUAAAAAUAAAAAAAGGAAUUGUUUUUUUUUGUUUGGUAUAUUUGAAGUUGACCAACAAAUAUUUCAACUUGAAAAUAUAUUAAUAUCGAGCAUAAAACGUUUAAAUUUUAAAUGCCUAUACUUUUUAAAAAUUCACUUUUACAUAAAAUACACAAAUAAAUUGUGAAUUUAAACAAAAAAAAAUAAAAACAAAAAUUCUUUUUAGUACACGGUUAGAGGUACACACUGUAAGGAUCAACAUCAAUUAGAUAAAAUUAUAAUGCGGGUAUUGAAAAGCUCUUAGAAUAUUGUGAAACAAAAAAAGCAAAAAAAAAAAAAAAAUUAAUUUUUUCGGUAAAUAAUUGAAGGA